AAAGAUAAAGGUUACAUUCCGAAUCAAGAUAAAGCAAUAACAACAAGUAUUUUAUUUUUUCAACUAAUGCUUCGACCCCCGUUUAAUUAUAUUUACUCUCGCUCCGUCCCCGUCGAGAAGAUACAUGGCUUCCAGUAUCUAGUCACUCUUUAAUAUAAAAGUUUUUCUUCUUGUGUGUGUGUGAUGCUAAUAAAUAUGUAAAGCUCUUUUUUGUGUACGUCUACGCUCUUGAUUGCUCCUACUAGUUUGUUUUUCAGGUUUCCAGUCUAUCAGCAACAAGAAGAUGGCCUCCGUUCGUGUGUCCUCCACCGCGACCUUGUCGCGGCGCCUCGCGCCGCACUUGUUGCGUGCGCACAAUGGACUACAACAAAAAUCUUCUGUCUGUAACCAGACGAAAAUGUCUACAACUACGUCGUCCUCGUUUCCUCCUGUUCUUCCCGUCCUCACCGCCGCAUGUUCUACUCCUGUCUACUCGGGUACUACUAGUCGUGGGGCAGCUGAAGAUAUUUUUUUCCCUCACAGGAGCCCACCGACCCCCUCUUCGUCGUCUACCUCGAAGCUGCCGUUUGCUGCUGCAAGAAGCGGGACGAGCGGUGGAUCAAAAUCGAAGUCCUUCGUUCUGACUAGAAGCUGCAGAACAAGAACUUCUACUGCAAUAAACAUGUUUCGAAAUAAAAUCGGAGGACCGCCGUCGAACUACAGCAAGAACGUGUUUCAACAUCAAACGCAGGCCCGUUCCUACACCUCGUACUCCGAGCUUCCUGAGGAGGUCCAGAUGAUUCGCGAGCAGGCCAAGCAUAUGCACUGCAAAAGUAUCGUACUCGUAUAAAUGCAUUACAAAUUUCCUCAGCGUGAGAAAUAAAAUUUGUAAUGCGGAUUUAACUUGAGAAAGAAAUUUGUAAUGCAGGACUUGCAUUUAUACGAAUGCGAUACUUUUGCACAGGAUGAAGCAGUUCACGGAGGACGUUUUGUUUCAGACCGCGGCGUAUCAAAUGUAAAAAUGUCUGGGUCUGGAAGAUUGCAACUUGUCAUGGUAUAUCUGAAGCAUGCAAAAAUCUGUGUUGCAUGAGUGCCAAAAGCUGUACACUUUUGACCAUGCUGGAAGGGAGUUUCUCAUGCAGGAUAGGCAUGGCAGAGACCUCGCAGAGUCUGUCAUGCUGAGGCCCGCAUUCCAGACCUCAUGGGUCAUGGAAAAUCUGCAUGACAAGUCUACACUUUUCCAGACCCCGACAUUUUUGCAUUUGAUACGGCGAAAAAUGACGUCCUGCACACGUUUCCCAAGGACGAAAUCAAGCAACUGGGUGAGCUGGGCUUCCUCGGCAUGAACGUCCCCGAGAAGUACGGCGGGCCCGGCAUGAGCGCACUGGCCUACGCGGUGGCCAUGGAGGAGAUUUCCCGGGGCUGCCCCAGCUGCGGCCUGCUGUUGUCGAUAAACAACAGCCUGUACUGCGGGGGUCUCGUCUACUUCGGCUCGGAGAAACAAAAGGAAGAAGUCCUACCCGGCUAUCUGUUCGGGGAAAAAAUCGGCUGCUUUGCGCUGUCGGAACCUGGUACUUACUACUUGCUAAGUAGUUUAGUACCACAGGGAGUUUUUAGAAAGAACAGUUUUUUACUUAGAGCAAGAUCCUAACGCUCGCACAUGCUGAGUGAGCAAGAUUUUGCAACUUAAUAAGCGUAUCACCCGCGGCCGCGGCGAAGAACCCAACGUCCGAAACCAAAAACAGGAAACGGCAGCGACGCGGCCGCGGCGGCCACCACGGCGGUCGAGAAGGAUGACCACUAUCUGCUGAACGGCACAAAGCAGUGGAUCAGUAAUUCCUACGAGGGUGCCAGCACCCUGGUCUUUGCCACGACCGACAAGCAGAGGAAGCACAAGGGCAUCAGCUGCUUCCUCGUCCCGCUCCCGAACUUUCCUGACGAAAACGUCGCCGGGUCGUUUUCCAGUAGCGGCUAUCAAAUGCAAAAAUGUCUGGGUCUGGAAGAUUGCAACUUGUCAUGCUGUCUUCGGAUUCGAAAAAAAUCUGUAAUGCAUGACCGGCGAGAGGAGUCCAGUUUUUGCCACGGCGAGAGGCCAUUUCUCAUGCGGAACAGGCAUCAGGAAGCCCUCUCAAAGUCUGUGAUGCUAGACCAUGCAUUACAGACCUCAUGAGUCAUGGAAAACCUGCAUGACAAAUCUUCCACUCUUCAAGACCCAGACAUUUUUACACUUGAUAGCGGCGUGAAGCUGGGGCAGAAGGAAGACAAGCUGGGCAUCCGGGCGUCCUCCACCGCCCAGGUGAUUAUAUGGAUUGCAAAAAUGUCUGGGUCUGGAAGGUUGCGGCCAGGUUUGUCAUGCAUAUUUUGCAUGACUCAGGAUGUCUGUAAUGCAUGAUCUCGCAUCACAUAUUUCUAGAGGCCUUCCUGAUGCCUAUCCCGCAUGACAAAUGCCAGCGGUUUUGCGGCUGCGGCCGGGUGGUAGCUAGGACGUGGAGCAAGUAUCCACCUAGGGGUAUCGGCAGAGGCUAAAUCUGUUCUAACGCCCAAGGUAUCGGCAGAGGCUAAAUCUGUUCUAACGCCCACCCGCCAGGAGUGAAAUGGUCACUACUACUACUACUACUACGCGUAGCACAAACUGGGCGCCUCUUGCUGGUCAUGCAAUACAGAUUUUUUUAGAGUCGGAGUCCAAAGUUAGCAUCACAAGUUGCAUUCUUCCAGACCCAGACAUUUUUACAUUUGAUAAAUUAUGGAGGACUGCCAAAUUCCGAAGGAGAAUCUGGUGGGGCAGAGCGGCGACGGUUUCAAAAUCGCGAUGAAGCUCCUCGACGGGGGCAGGAUCGGCAUUGCGGGCCAGGCGCUGGGGAUCGCGCAGGCGUCGCUGGAGUGCGCCGUGAAGUACGCAAACGAGCGGUAUGCGUUCGGGGAAAAGAUCGGAAAGUACUACGCUGUGCACGAAAAAUUGGCGGACAUGGACCUGCAAAUCUGGUCCGCGCGCCUGCUCACGUGGCAGGCAGCCUGCAUGAAGGACCGCGGCGAGGAGUUUACGCGGGCCAGCGCGCGGUGCAAAUACGCGGCGAGUAAGGCUGCGACGUUCUGUGCGAACGAGGCAAUACAGAUUUUGGGCGGCAUGGGCUAUGUCAGUGACAUGCCGGCGGAAAGGUGUGAAGUUGUGAACAAGUCCUCAGCCACUGCUUGUUCUCGUCAGUGGGGAUUCGAUUUUUCAUAUUUAUCGUUUUCAUAAUUGCAUCAUUCGCGUGCUGCUGGCAACAAGGGAAAGGGCCUAGAUUGUUUUGCGACUCGCAUGGCAAUGAAUUGCGCACAAAAUCAAUAUUUGGUUAUCAGGUAUUUUCGCGACGCUCGCAUCACGGAGAUCUACGAAGGUACCAGCGAAAUCAACAAGAUGGAUAUCCCCGGCAGAUAAAAAAGGGUGCGCGAGAUGUUGUGUAUAGUCACUAAGCAAAAAAUGAAAAAGGGAAGGCCAAUGUAGUUGAAUUACACGUCAUUCUUCCAUAAAAUUGAUUUGCGAUGCUGCUGAUGAAAAAGUGUAUAAAGAUGAUGAAUAUCAAUCAACAUGCAAAAAGGAGCGAGAAAUAAUGACAAGCACACAAGAAGGGCAGCUGCACUCGGCUGGCUUACACACAACCGUCUUGCGCAUCCCCCCUCAUUUUGCCUUCGGAUACCCUUCAUUGGUCAGAAGGUUCUCAAAGAAAUGACCGAGGUGGACAUCGUGCUUCCGGCGCACUACCGGGCGCAUUAG